AUGUCGAGAUCACCGCAUACCCCUAGCCAUUCCCGGCAAACUUCCGCUAUCGAUACCUCGUUUCAAGCCUCGAGUCCAAAUAUGUCACCUCGCAGCCGACGCCAGUCGAAAUCCUCCUUCCAAGACCCUUUAACACCCCUACGCAACAGUAUGAACGAGUCUGAGCUUAAUGAUCUCAGCAGUGGUGGCAUGGGUCAGGAUAAUGGUCUUGGAAACUUGGCUGAUGAGUUGGCUGAUGCUUUGUCUGGAUCUGGCGAGGAAGAAUAUUAUGAGGACGGGGAAGAACGGUCGCAAUUCGGAUUCGAUGAGGGGGAUCAAGGCCAGGCGUCGACUGAUGGGAUUAGGGAUAGCGGUGUUGACGUAGAAAGUCAACCGGACCACCGAGAGAAGACUAGAAACGCAAGCCUAAGCAUACCUUCUCCCCCUAGGCGUGGUCACCGACGGACUGGGAGCGCAUAUGAUGGGAGUGAAUAUGGCUCCGAAUCCGAUUUAGAGUCACCUGGCAUGCCGCCGAGUCUGGUUGCCAGGAUCGAUGCCGUGGAAUCUCUAGCCCGAAGAGGAACAGAAAGCAAUGGCAGUUCUAGUGACGCCGUAUUUCAACGGUUAACAGACGGACUGAAAGACCUGGGGUCACAGUCUGGUGUAGAGGGUAGCACCACAAGAUUAAUAACGGCUCACUCGGCCUUGGCAACACAUCUGGCGCAUCAGACGCGGCAGAUCCAUAACCUUACCUUCCCUCUAUUAUCGCCGCUAGUUCAGCCCCCGGAUCCCGAUACUAUCGAUUCCCUUUUACCGCUACUAACUUCCGUCUCGGACGAAAUGCCGCGGCCCGCGACCUCCGCUCUUAACUCUCUGAGCGCUUUACAUUCCGUAACGUCGGACCUCGUGCAAACGCUGAAUUACCUUUCCGAUACACUGCACAUGUCACGACAAACCACAACUACCGCCACAAGGCGGCUAAGAAUGGCCAAGGAAAUGGUAGCAGAGAUAAAACGCGAAGAAGAGCUGAAAGAGGAAGGGGAGAGGUGGUUGACGAAAGGUAACUGGGGUGAGAGGUUACAAAAGCGCGAGUGCGCCGGCGUAUGCAGGGAAGUCGUUGGAGGCUUCGAGGAAGUAUGUAACGGCUGGAGGGCCCGUCUAUUAGCCCAAGCAGAGUCGGCAUAG